GGGGGGGGGUUCAAUGUGUUCUUUUUUGUUGUUUUCUAUUUUUAACCUAAAAUCAAUAUUUUGGACCCAGUGAUCUACUUAAUAUAAGUCCCUGGUAAUAUUUAUUAAUACUAUGAAAAGGCAUAUACAAGCAGUAGACCUACAAUUGGCAGGGUUUUGAGAAGUUUCCUCUUUGUUUAAAUCCUGAAGUAGAAGAAAGUGGGAUAAUAUUCCCCUUGUAUUGUUGUUCAAAUUAUUGUUCAGCAUGUUUAUUUCAAAGACAAGGAAUUUUAGCUAGCUUUCAUUUUGUUGCUAUCAAACAUAAUAGCACUGACUUAAGUGAGAUUCUCAUCCUGUUUUUCAGCAAGUAUUUAUGAAGCUGCCUAGAGCUUUCCUAAAUUUUGUCAACUAUAGUAAACGUUACUGUUUUGCAACAUUAAAGUAGCUAUCACAACUUAUAAAAUAAGGAAAACCUAUUUUGUGUAUAAGGGAGAUGUGUAAAUUUAGAAGAAAACCAAAAUCUGAGUCUUCUAGCAUUUCUCUGUAUUGUUGCAGAUAUAUUCUUGUUUGCAGAUAUAAGGGAAAAAAGGUGAAAAAAAUAACUUUUGUAAGAAAUUCAGAAAAAAGUAGUAGGUAUUUGUUCAGCAGUUAGAUUUUCUGCUGCAGACCAAUUUGAUGUCAAUGUAUUAACAUCUUUUUACCUAAUUUGUCUAUUUCAUUAGAAAUUAAAUAAAAACAAGCAAAAGGCAAUACACAAAAAACCCACACCAAAACCCUAAAAAGCCUGUUCAGAUCUUGUAGCCUCUAAAAUAGAAGCACUGUUUCCUCGUUGGUUUGGUGCUUGAAUCCAUGUACAUUCAAGUCCUGCAAACGUGGGCUCACAGAGGAGAGUUCUGGAAGAGGUCUGACCCACAAGACUGUUCUGCUGGGUUUUGAGUCACUUGCUCCUCUGGAGCCUUUGCUCUGAAUGUGCUUUUCUUGUCCUGCAGAAUCCCUGCUGUGCCAAGCAGACUUCUGCCCCCGUACGAGUAGCACACACCGGCUGUUGUUAGCGCAGCCCAGUGUUGCACGGAGAGGCCAAAUCAGCAUUGCCCUGUGACUGGGCUCUGAGGAAAUGCGCCUUGAAUGGGUUUUGGAGACAGCCUCUUUGUUGUGAUUGAAGAAAUAGCUGCUUUUAUUUUUAGUUUUGAUCUUUGAUAAAAAGUUAAAAUGCCUGAUUAUGCAAAUUCCUUUUGGAAAAAAAAAAUAUUGGUGACUUGGUUUAUGUAAAGGCAAUUGCAUGUAUAGAUUGGGAGCUACUGUUUUAAUUUUCCUUUUAAGUUAGCAGUAAAUAAAAUCAGCUUUUUAAGAGGAAGUAGCUCAUAUUCUGUCUUCAACAACAUGAAGAGCCAGACAGAAAAUAAAACCUCAGCUGCCCUAAAUCCGUUAAAAUACAUACAUUUUACAAUGAGAUACAUGUCUGAAACGCGGCACAGGCAGUUACCAGUUGAAAAAGAUGCCGUACAGAGGAUCAAAAAAUGUAGAAAGCCUAAUGAAAAGGGACAGCCUGGUUUUACAGUCUGGCAGGAGGAUAGCACUGAGAUUAGGGGAUUGAGCAAAAAGCCGGCGUGCAGAAUUGCGGGAUUUUAUAUAAUGGCUUUAGUAAGUAUCCUUUAGGACCCAGUGGAAAUGUUCAGUGAGGCAAACUUGGUGAGUAAUGGCCAAUCAUUAAGUGGUGAUGAGGGAAAAGCUCUGAACGUGAAGCCCCUGAGAGCUUGUCGAAUGCAUCACGCCGGGAACGCAGCAUUUCUGCCGCUGAUCGCUGACCAACGCCACACACCAGUAGAGUUGAUUCAAUGUUUAAGCCCGGGGGGACUUGUACUGCACGAGGUCACUGGAGUGCAGAGUGCCCGGCUCCCAGUUCCAGCAAGAUGCCUUACUUUGCAAAACUCCUUUUAUUAAUCUUCUGCUUAGUUCUUCUUGUGGAAAGCAGAAAGCACAGGAGGAGGAGGUGGACGAGCCAUCUGGAUGUGCAGAGGGCAAGUCACAUCUUUAAGAAAAAUCGUGACUUGACCAAAGCCUGGAAAGGAAAGACAGACCAGCUUCUCAGAGUCGAUGAACAUGACUUCACCAUGCGGCCAGCCUUUGGAGGCCCUGCGAUUCCUGUUGGAGUGGAUGUGCAAGUUGAAAGCUUGGACAGUAUUUCUGAGGUUGACAUGGAUUUCACUAUGACCUUGUACUUAAGGCACUACUGGAAGGAUGAGCGUCUCUCAUUUCCCAGCACCAACAACAAGAGCAUGACCUUUGAUGGCAGGCUGGUGAAGAAGAUCUGGGUCCCUGAUGUCUUCUUUGUGCAUUCCAAGAGGUCCUUCAUUCAUGAUACCACCACGGACAACAUCAUGCUGCGAGUGUUCCCCGAUGGGCACGUCCUCUAUAGCAUGAGGGUCACAGUGACAGCAAUGUGCAACAUGGACUUCAGUCACUUCCCCCUGGACUCUCAGACGUGUUCUCUGGAACUGGAAAGCUAUGCUUACACUGAUGAAGAUCUGAUGCUGUAUUGGAAAAAUGGGAAUGAAUCUCUUAAAACUGAUGAAAAAAUUUCUUUGUCUCAGUUUUUGAUACAAAAAUUCCACACCACAUCAAGACUGGCUUUCUACAGUAGCACAGGUUGGUACAAUCGACUCUAUAUAAAUUUCACUUUACGCCGACACAUCUUUUUCUUCUUGCUCCAAACCUACUUCCCUGCCACUCUCAUGGUCAUGUUGUCCUGGGUGUCCUUCUGGAUUGACCGACGAGCAGUUCCUGCCAGAGUCUCUUUGGGGAUUACCACUGUGCUGACCAUGUCCACGAUCAUCACUGGGGUAAAUGCCUCCAUGCCUCGUGUGUCCUACAUCAAAGCAGUGGACAUUUACCUGUGGGUCAGUUUUGUAUUUGUCUUCCUCUCGGUGUUGGAAUACGCGGCUGUGAAUUACCUGACAACGGUGCAAGAGCGGAAGGAGAGGAAACUGCGGGAGAGGUUUUCAUGUUCAUGUGGAAUACCUCACUCAAAAACUAUGAUGCUGGAUGGAAACUACAGUGAAUCUGAUGCCAACAGCCUGGCAGGAUAUACAAGAAACCAGAUGGUACCAGAAGAAGAAAAACCAGAAAAGAUGGUUGUACAUUUAGCUAUGAGCAAUGAAUCUAAUUCAUCGAGGAAGAGAGGCCUGAAGGGCCACGUGGGCUUGCGCAUCAUCCAGAACACUCAUGCAAUUGAUAAAUAUUCAAGAUUAAUAUUCCCAGGCACUUAUAUAUUUUUUAACUUGAUAUAUUGGUCUGUCUUUAGCUAAGCAUGCUGGCACAGCAGUGACUGAAUCAGAUGUCUACAAAACACUCUUUUGUUGGUACUUUUUUGUCUUAAUCUGAACACAAAGCUAGAAACCUGAUUAUUUUAUUGCUUCUUUGAAGGAUAAAUGGGAGGACACAUCCUCCAGGAGGCAAUUCCAUGUGCAGGCCUCGUGGAGGAACUUGCUGUACUGGUUGGUUUCCAGCCCAACCUCUUGCUCCCACUUGCUUUAUGACACAUGCCAUUUCUCAUACUUGAAAAUACGUGUCCACCAUACACCCAAAAGGUGCUGGAUGCUCAUUUGGGGCUGGCCACGCUGGUGGUGCCUGCUGUGCAGUGGACAACCAAAGGCAGUGCUCAUGUGAGCUGUAAGGAAUUAAAUCAAUGCAGCUUGUUUGGGGAGGUCUGGACAGUGCUUUUCUUGUAAGGAAACUGAAUGAGCACUUUCCUUUACUUUUGAGAAAAUUAUUUUGUGUUUUCUUCAGCAUAUAAACAACUUUUUUUCCAUUGUUUUGUGACGAACACCUCCUUUAAGGGUACAGAUUCUGCUUUCUGUCUGGAUAGGACCUUCAUCAGUUCCAUUAGGACAGCUGGCUGGCCAGGAUCAGCUGGGCUGGUUACAGAGCACAGGUGGUACGUUUGAGUUAGCGGGGUCUUUUUCUAGAUUACAAAGUGCAGCCCACAGACAAACUGUGUAUCCCAAUGUGCCUCUCCCAAUCAACACAAUGCCCUUCUGUUCAGGCAUUUGGGAUCAAAAGGGAUACAUGUCUGCCAGCACCUCUCUGCAGAAGCAGAGGCAUGUCAGAGAUUAAAUGGCCAAGAAUAAUACUGUGGGUCCAAGGUCAAUGUAAGUCCUUUGAAGCUGCUGCACAGCAUUGUAACAAGCUUAUGUGCUUGGCAGUUUUUCCUAUCCCAUGAUAUUUCCUUUUCCUUUGAUAACACCCCUGACAGAAAAACCCAAAUGUAGAAACAUGAUAGCAACAAGGCAGCGAUGCUCAGGUUUGUGUGCUCCUUAUUUUAAGAAAACACCAUGACUUUUUGGCUGUCGUGGAGAUUAUCAACAUCAAAACACUUGUUUACCAAGCGGAAACUGAGCAGUGGGGGCAGAGCUUGAAGUAUAAACAGCCAGGACUGAGGUUAGAAUAAAGAAAAAGCAAACAAAAAUACUGAUGUAACUGUAAUUAUUUGUCAGAACAUGAAAUUUUCUGCUUACCAUAGCAGGAAUUCUUACAUCCUAAAUCUCAGAGGAUGCAGAAAGGAGCAGAAAAAUGGCAACUCUUGGCUGUCAACAAUACCCAGGUUUUCCCUUGUGCCUCAAAUAUUACUGCCUAGGUCAAGAUGAUGAUGGCACCGAUUUAGUGGAAACAAAAUUGAUGGGAGAAGCUAAAAUUAACAACUAUGUUCCCCUUUAAUCAGCCAUGUUAAUUACUGACAUGAAUGGAGCUCUGUCUGGUCGUAGAAGUAGGAAACCACAGCUCUGACAUUACUGACAAGAAGGGGAAGGACAGUGAGGGGCACAAUUUCCCAUCCUGCCACUUAUCUCCUGAGCCACCAGGUCAGUGCAUUUACCACUCAUUGCUCAUGGACCUGAAACCUGGAUACUUCUCACAUUGACAUGUGGAGAUCACUACAAGAAAGACACAAAAAAUAUUGAAGAAAUAGACCACUCAUCUUUUGAGAGGUUAAAGCCUGGGCAUAACAGUGCAUUUGUCAGCAUUAGCAGUUUUGAGUGUAAAAAAGGAGCCAGUGUCCCAGCUGGCAGCAGGACAGUUGCAGCAAAGGGACCUUUGCUGGGGAAAGGCAGCAGAACUACACCAUGAAGCCACCAGAGAGUUCAGGGAGUGAGAAACUCAGUUCCUGUGCCCCCCUGUUUUGCCAGUCUUUCGGCAUUACCCACGGCACAUGCCAUUUAACCUCGCAGUGCCUCAGCUCCUCCAUCAAGAAAGUGAGGAGCACUAGGAUUUGCCUACCUCAUUAGGUGCCUGAGGGGCUCAACAGGCUUAGAUAGCACAUGUGUGGGGCAAGCCUAUGAUUUCUGAGCAGGUCACCCAGUGGGAAUUCAAUUUUGUAUUAGUUAGCACUGAGUUCUUCAAAUGCAUCCUCUGAACCAGUCCAGUUGGAAGAAAGCAGGUAUCUCUCCUGCCUUAUCAUGCUAUUACAACUCCUCAGCAUUACAAUGAUAUUAAACCAGGGAUAAAUGUAGACAAACAGCCAAAAAGUGAGUGCUGUCGAGGAAUAAUACCUCCUGGCAUACAAAACCCAGGAAGUCCUUGUGCUUUACUUUGCCAUUUCUUUUUAUUACACCUCCUGUUCCUUUAGAAGUUAUGUAAUAGAAAAGAUGUUCUUUAGGUCCUAUCAUUUUUGUACUAGCAUUCCAGGUAAUUUUUAUGUCUAAUAGGCAUCUUUUGGAGAGUAUACCUUACCAUUAUUUUAUUUGCAUGUGUACAUAACUGAUAGAAAUUGAUUUCUGCUUUCUUCAGCUUAUAAAACCAUCAAGAGGGUAUCUUUCUGCAAAAGAAAAAAAAUAUCCCUCCCCUAUCUUAAGCAUUACUUGAGCUCAUUAUUAAUUGAAAUGGUAUAUUAAAAGUAUAGAUAAAAAUAAAGCCUUCUCCCUCAGUCAGCAUUAUAAAUAAUAUUUUUCUGUUUAUUCGGAGGAGAGUGGCUAGGCAUGAAGUUAGAACAAAUAUUUGAAGUGUGGUAUUGACAAUGUAUUUCACCUUUGAUUUCCCCUGGAUUACAAAAGACUCCAUGAACACUGUCUAACUUCCAGUUGCCAGAUCCCAAAACCAAUGUUUUGAGAGAGAGUGCCUGAAGCUGGGCUCUGAAUGGUGUUUGAUGGAUACAACCCAAUUCUGUGAAGCACUGAGCAGAUGGAUAAUGAACCUACCAAAGGAGAGGAUUUUCAGAAGUGCACAGGAGAUUUGGGAAAAUUCAGGUCGCUGAUGAAAAUGCCUUCUCUGGACAACCUGGUCCAACUGCAAAGAGGAAAAAUGUCAGCUUUGCUCAUUCAAGUUCUGGCUUAUUGUAAUUUUACUUCUAACCAAAUCAUGUCUUUGAGAAAAAGUAACUAUAUAUAUAUAUAUGUGCACAUAUGUAUAACAUGUAUGCAAGCAUAAUGUAUAACAAAGGAAGACACUGGGAUGUGUACCUAUGUUAAAUAGUGUCCAUAUGUGAAAUUUUAAUAUAUUGUAUAUAAAUGACCAUUUAUUAUGCCCUGAAAACUUACUAUGUUGGACGGGAAAAAAAGGCUCUUAUUGUCAGUCAAGGACCAAGAAAUGAGGCAUUGGCAAAAAUAGAGGUUCUCUUACAGUUUUUUUUUUCUGAAAAAGGUUUGUGCAGUGGGUACAAUCCACUGUGCUGAUUGCUGUAAUCAAACCUGGUAAUAAAAUAGCAGAUGGAAAGGGUGGAAAAGAGUCAAUUUCAUGGUGUGAACUUUAAAAUGUGAUUUUAAUUCUGUUUGGAAAUCUGUUACCUAUAAGCUGAU